GGAACGUAGAGGUUUGCUCUCGCGAAGAUGUUGCAUCUUCCAGGUUUCAGGAAAAUAAGGCUGAACUGGAAGCUAAGCUUAAAGAACAAUCACAAGCCAAUGUCACUGAUCUGUUGUCCAAAGAACAUGUUUCUGUCAGUGUGCUUGGGAAGCGAUCGGUUUUUUUUGAAGGAAUACGGGAGUCCCAAGAACACCCCCUCAUCUUUCAAACAGCUUCAGGCACCUGAUUCUGAGGUCAUUAUUCUGCAACACCAGGUAGAUGAGCAAGCUAAAGCUUUGGCUGAGCUAUCUAAGACAUUAACUAAGCAUACUCGGACCAUGGCUGUAUUGCAAGACAUUGUUCGUGUGUUGGCUGUGAAGGCAGCUGUAGAUCCAACGGACAUUGUGGAAUUAAUUGAAAUGAGCAAUAAUGAGGAGGGUUCAUCAAACAAAAGAAGGGAUGCAGCCUCUAUUGGUUUAAGUAAAGGUAAAGCCUAUGUUUUACUAUUUUGCUGCUAUCUCAUUUUGCCUUAUAAGAGCAUUAAGCCGUCCACUAGAGGACAGAUUAAGUAGUCAUGGUCAUGAACUCAUUUAGUUUAAGUUAUCAAAGUCAUAUUUUUAAAAGCCUAUAGGUAAAGUAAGCUCAAGUUUAGAAGCGAAGAGAACAUUUGUGUAUGGUUUGAGAGUGUAUCUGAAAUUUAUUGUAAUACUUCAUUAAUUAUAGUAUGGCUUCUAAGCUAUUUUUUCGUCUAUUGACACACAUUUAUUGGUGAUUUUCUUUUUCAGUUCGUUGCUUAGACUUGAUGAGCUUUAGUAGUUGUGUUUUCUAUUGGAAUAUCUGAUCUCUUUUCGAAAAAAUAUAAAAGGAGCUUUCUUCCUCUGAACCUGUAAGAGACCGCUUCGUUGGGUUAAUUUAAAUUAUUUUUGCAGUAUACAAAGUUCAACCACAUACCAGUUGGUUUGAAAUACUUCAUGAACAAACAUGACACCUUUAUAGGACUUCAAGUUGCGACUAAGUUCUAGAUUAAUGUAAGUAGUCAAAGCACUUCUAAUUGACUUUU